UUUAAAUCACCAGAGUGAUUUAAUAACGAGAAUUUUUAAUGAAACUCUAUAUAAGUUUUCAGAAGAUUACAGUAUAGAAAACCAUAUUUUUGAAGAGCCUUUCAUAAACGAUUUAAUGGGGGAAUUGGAUUUCAGUUUGGAAGAUAAUUUUACACAAUUUGAUGAAAACAACAAAACUGAUUUUGAAAAUUUAUUAUCUGUAAUGCUAUAUGAUUACUUUAACAAGCUAGAAAACAUUUCCUCAGAUUUUUUUACUUUGCCACCUGAAAUUGAAGAGUCGAUAAAUAAUGGAUCAAUUUUAAUUUACGAUAACUCAAUUUUCAAUGAUAUUUCCGAAGAAUAUCAAAACUUUAGUUCCAUGGAUACAAAUGCUAAAAUUACGACAGAAGAAGACAAACAUACUAAUAACAGUGCUGAAGAUGACCACUUUUUAAAGUUAAUAAUUUCUCUGAACCCCACAAUACAAAAUAAUGAUUCAGCGAAUUAUGACGAAAUAACUAUUAACUAUCAGAUGCCAAGCAAUAACAGUGACGAAGUAGAGGAAGAGAAUUUUUCACAGCCUCUUAAUUUGUAUACUUAGUGACAACUCAAUAUUUUGCCAAAUCUAUGUUUAUAAUAUUUGAAAUAAAAUUACUUUUUGCCUAAUUUUAAUUUUUUAUAUACUUAAAACAUGUAUAACUUGAAAAAUAUUUAGUAGGUAAUAAUUAGCAAUUACGUAAAUACUUCUGUGAGGUUUUUCUUGAUAAGCCAAGUUACUAAUCAUUGUCACAAUAAAUAUCACGUUUUCUACGAAUGUUGAUUGAUAGUAGAUACGCAAUAUAAAAUAAGAAAGAUAAUUUAAAUAAUGCAUAAUACAUUAUGGGACCUCUGGAAAAAGUUACACUUCCCCUCAUCAUGCUUGCAGUUUUACAGACGAAUAUCAAUUGCUUACGGUUGCCACGAAAAUAUACAACUCGUCCUUGUGCAAGAAGCAAUACUUACUUAGAAAAACAACCCGUUUACGAUAGUCAAUUACAAGAACCUGCAAUUUUACAAAACUUCAAAUGUGAUGCUCAAAAAUACGGCGAGACUAUUCGUAAGGAAUUUAACUUUCCAGAAAUUGAAUAUUCGGGUAUUUCAAAAUGUUUUUCAAAUUAUCAAUAUCAAGAGCCUUUGAAAAGUAAUAACGCACGGAGCCCCCAGGAUCUGGUUUAUAAGUCCCACAAUGAUUACUCGUCUUGGAAUAAAAAUGACAUUAAUCAAAAGAGUAUAAAUAUAAUUACAAAAAAUGAACAAAACACCUACUUCCCAGAAUUAUUUUCGUCUGCACCUAGUUACCGCGACGUUGCUAAUUUUCCAGACGUCGAAUAUCCACUCUGCGCCAGUGAGUUAUGGAAGCCUAACUUUUGGAACGGUUAUUUAACUGAUCCUCCAUCAAAUAAUAAUUUAUAUUGUCUUGAUAAAAAAUUUAACCACAGCGUAAGGGAAGAGAAACCUUUCAGAAAUUCAAUUAAAAAGAAUAACGUUCCAAGCACUUGUGUUUCUAAUAGAGGGUUCGAGAUAAUAACGUCGGUGGAUAAAGAUUUCAAUGUUACGUUGGAACCGAAAGGCAAUACACUUAAUCCCAGUUCACAAACCAAUAAUCUAACGAAUAUUAAAAAGUGCGAAAACACUUUAUUGGGCGAAGAUAAAGAUAACAUAACUUUAUCGUGUCCAGAUGAUUGCAGCUAUAAAUUAUUACCGAUAGAAGAUACGGAGGAUGAUCUUCAAGUCAAUGAAGAAGAUUAUACAACCGAUGAUCCUGAAUAUAAUGAUAGUUUCUUGUAUGCCCAAAGUACCGUAGCGCCAAAAAUUUCAACAACAAAUGAAUUCACAUGGGAAAACACCAAAGUCAUUGAAAUGUGUUCAUCAGACGUGGAUGAACUUAAUGAUUACUUUAUAUCUGUCUAGUUGUAGAAAUGAAAUAAUUUAUUUAUUUAAGUUUCAAAUAUUGUAAUAU